ACCUCCUUCAGGGGGAAAAGCAUCUUACAUUAACAAGUAUGAAGUAGAGUGGAGUCUUAAAAUUUCUGAUACUAGUAUGGCAGGGGGGAAUAAUGAGGUUUCUGCCAGUACUACGUCAUUUGAUAUCAGUACUGGUGUAACAGCAGGAAAGGCAUAUGAGGUGAAUCUGAUAUCUGUAAACACUAACACUAGAAAAGAUCAUACUCGGAAAACAUCUAUGACAUUGGAGCAAGCUUCAAAACCAAACAAACCUAGGUUACUGACAACUCUAGAUUUAGAUGCUACAGAUCAACGGAUAACCAUUGACUGGAGUGCCCCUAGUAGUGGUGUUGCUAUUUCUUAUAGAGUACAAUUAUUUGAUGGUACAAGUCAGCUAACAAGGAAUGACUUUACACAAACUUCUGGCAACAUUUAUUACCAAAACAUGAAAAAUGGUUAUUAUUAUGAUGUGAAAAUUUCAGCAAGAAGUGAACUUUAUCAGGGUAGACAUAUGUCAAGCUAUGAAUGGAGUGAUUUUUAUGUGGAACAAAUCACAACAACAGUACAAAUACCAAAUCCUCCAACAGAAGUUAAAUGUGAUAUGCUAAAAGAUGAGUCUAUCACCUUGAAAUGGUUAAAACCAUUGGUUCCAAAUGGAGAUCUUGUCAGAUUUAACAUUGAGGUUUUAAGUGCAAGUAAUACCUUGUUAUUUUCUACCAGCACUGCUGAUAUUGUUGAAACUCAUCAAGUGAUGCAACUUAGUCCAGGAAGUACCUACAUUUUUAAAGUAUACACAGAAAAUGUGAUGUACAAUUCAUCACUAUCUGGACAGUCUCCUUAUUGUACAACAAAAGCAAAAUUAUCUGACCCGCCUGAUGGUUUUCAAGCAAUUGAGGUCAGAAGUCGAAACAUCUCUAUUAAAUGGACUGAGCCUAUCAAUUCAUACAGUGAAGAAAUCUAUGGAUAUGUUAUUCAGCUGAAAAAACAAGACACUUGUGUGGAAGAAAUUGUUUAUAAAUGUUUAACCCCAAGUUGUUUUGGAACUUUUGAGCCUUCUACUUUAGAGCAUAUGUGUGACAGUAAUGUGAGAGAGUUGUUUCCUGUAAACAAGCCUGAGCUCAUUGGUUCAAAGUCAUACCAGUUUUUGAAUCUCUUACCAGAUACAACUUAUACAAUUAUUGGUGCAGCUGUCAACAAUUUAGGAAUUGGCAAUACUGUUGAUUUAGAUAUAACAACAGAAGAAGAAGCUCCACAAGUACCAUACAAUGUGAAAGUCAAUGAAAUAAAGACAACAUCCUUUAAAGUGACUUGGAAAAUAGAUGAUCCCAGACCUGGCAAAACAAACUACACAGUUAUACUGAUGGCUGAUCAUCCAGCAGAGUCCAAACAAGUUAUACUGACAGGGUUUAACACUAGAGAAUAUCUUGCUGAAAAUCUUCAAGAAUAUUGGAAUUACAGUGUUUUAGUGACAGCUACUACUUCAAAAGGUUCAAAAACAUCUACUGAGACGAUACAAUACAGAACUCUUCCUACAGCACCAGGAAAAGUUUCAAACUUUGUUCUAACAUCCAAUCCUGGUGGAAAUUAUACAAGGAUGAAGAUAAGCUGGCAAGCCCCAAACAUAUUGUUGCAGAAUAGUGUGAUAAGAUCAUACAGCUUUUUGUAUUUUCAAGACCAAAAAAUUGAUAGGAGACAAAGCAAAUCAUUUGAACAUGAAAUAUCCCAAAGUCAUAAUUAUGAAAUAUUUGUGGAUGUAAUACCAGAAAAAACUUAUACUUUUGAGGUGAAUGCAAUAAAUGAGCAAAACGAGACUGGAGAAAAAAACUCUGAAACAAAGACUGCCCCUGCUGGAGUUCCGCUUAAUGUUGAGGAGCAAUUGCUUCUAAAAGUUAUUACGGCUUGUAACAAUGUUGAAAAAAGAGAAAAAAACAGAAUUACUGUGACAAUCGUUGAAGAAUUUUUUGUAGAGUCAACAUAUGGAACAAUACGUGCGAAUGGCAUCAUUGCAUGUGUAAAAGUCUGCGAAUUAUCCGAUAUUAAGACACUAGCCGCUUUUAAUAGCAUGUCCAACUGGAAACAGGCGGUAAAUGGCGGAUUUACUCGGUAUAGAAUUACCAGCUCGUCUUGGCUUAAUAGCCUAAAAAAAAACAAGUUGAAAGAUAAAGAUAUUACGUUAUCGCCGUAUAUGGAUUAUACAAUUGGUGGAGAUGUUUGUAACAAUAUAUCCCCAGGAGAUUACUGCAAUGGACCAUUGGUGCCUGGAACAGAAUACAUAUUUGUUGCAGUUGCUUGUACAAGUGGAGGUUGUUUGUUGAGUAAUGAGUAUGGACCAUUCUUUACUCUCGAUGAAAUUAUUGACGACAAACGUAAUUCCCAAACUGCCGCUGUGAUCGUUGGUGUUGUUCUUGGUGCAAUUAUAGUAGUGCUUGCAUUAUACGCGAUUUACACAACACUUGUCAUCAGAAGUUAUAAGAAGAGUGAAGGUGAAAAUAAAAUAAAUAAAGGCCAAAAACGAAAGGGUCCGAUAUACGCAAACGAAUCUUUCAUGACCGGAAUUGCAGAAAUUGGCGAGGGAAAUAAAGAAGCAACUACUAACAACUCUGAAACAGAAUACUCAAGAUUAGAUGAAAAUACUCGGGAUGACAAGACGUAUGAACGCCUUCAAGUCUUGUAACAAAAAUCAACACUUUGCGUCAUCUUAGUUACAGGAUCUUGUCCUUAUGUAACACGUAACAGAACAUAUCUUCCUGAUGUGUGAAAAAUGUUUUAAAUUUACUAAUGAUUUCAUAUAUGUGUAAAAUCUUGGUAUAUCUAAACUAUCCUUAUGUUCUCAAAUGACAAGAAAUUGUUUCAGAUAAUGCUUACAAAUCUGAUGAAUGGCACAUUCCUUCUAAAAUUAUUGAUGGCAUAAGCAUUUAACACUCUUUGACCUGGUGAUCUCAAAGUCAAUAAAAGUCAUCCACUAAUCA